UUAAUUUUAGCAAAUUUCCUUAUUUGCCAAUUUUCCCUAUCCUUAGCUUCACCUCAAUGAAUUUCUGAUCAUAAUACUUCCAUGUUGGUAACCUCCUCUGAACUGAUGUUUUGCUGUGUCUGUGGAAUUCUCAAACAACACACAAUGGGAGGCAAUGGGGGCAGCAAGAUAAAUGAGCUAGUUCCUGAGAGCCACCCUCAGACCCCACCAGGACACACAAGCUGUCCAGCCCCCACCUCCUUCCCUCUGCAGGAUUAAAGCAGCCCCAGCAGACGGAGCCUCAUUCUCUUCUGAAGUCCUGUAUGGGGCAGAAAGAGCCGAAUCUGCACUCAUUCAUGCACUCUUUGAUGGGAUUAACUACAGGAGAGCACAGGACAUAAAUAUACACCCCAAAUACUCACAUGAUAGAGCUGAAGAAAACCAGCAGAGAAAAUGAAGAGGAACUGGCAAGCUCCUGUUUUCUUGUACAUGUGUAGUUUUCUGUGGGCUCUGGUGUCAGCCAACGUCCAGCAGCAAACAAGGUUCCCAGUCACCUUCAGCUCUAACCAAAAGACUGACCUCUGCCCACCAAUCAGGACUGGUGAAGAUGACUUGCCAGGUUACGACCUGAUUUCUCAGUUCGCACUAGAUAAAGCUGCCUCCCGAGGAGUCAUCCAGAGAGUGGUGGGCUCCACAGCUUUACAAGUGGCUUAUAAAUUAGGCACAAACGUAGACUUCAGGAUCCCAACCAGGUUUUUGUAUCCCAAUGGAUUGCCUGAUGAAUAUUCCUUUCUAACUACAUUUCGGAUGACUGGAAGCACACUUCAGAAAAGCUGGAGUAUUUGGCAGGUCCAGGAUUCGUCAGGAAAAGAACAAGUUGGAGUGAAGCUUAAUAGUCAAACAAAGGCUCUUGAGUUUUCUUAUAAAGGGCUAGAUGGAAGUCUCCAGACUGCAACCUUUUCACAUUUGCCUUUUUUAUUUGAUUCCCAAUGGCACAAGGUUAUGGUCAGCGUGGAAAAGAGUAAUGUCACUCUUUUUAUUGACUGCAUUAUGAUAGAAUCCUUACAGAUAAAGCCCAGGGGCAAAAUCAACGUGGAUGGCUUUGCUCUGCUGGGAAAACUUAUAAACAAUCCUCAAAUUUCAAUUCCGUUUGAAAUCCAGUGGAUGCUGAUUCAUUGCGACCCUCUGAGACCACAAAGAGAAAGUUGCAGUGAACUUCCAGCCAGGAGACAGAGAGGCCCCACAGGUCCACCAGGCCCCCCAGGUCCCCCAGGUCCACCAGGAGUUCCUGGCAUCGAUGGCAUUGAUGGAGACAGAGGUCCCAAUGGCCCCCCAGGCCCUCCGGGUCCGGAUGGUGAGCCAGGCAAACCAGGUGCCUCCGGGACGCCAGGAGAGCCAGGAGCUGAUGGACUGACAGGCCCUGAUGGAUCACCUGGCCCAGCUGGACCCCGAGGACAAAAGGGCGAACCUGGAUUGCCUGGAGGUCCUGGACUUCCAGGUAAGGGGAUUCUUGGACCAGCAGGGCCCCCUGGUGUAGCAGGACUUCCUGGUGAAGUAGGCCGUGUUGGUCCAUCCGGUGAUGCUGGAAAGAGAGGUCCUCCAGGCCCACCAGGGCCCCCAGGUCCCAGAGGAACAAUUGGGCUGCAUGAAGGAGAUCCACUGUGUCCCAAUGCUUGUGCACCUGGUCGUCCAGGACAUGCUGGACUAAUAGGAAUGAAGGGUCACAAAGGAGUAAAAGGAGAGGAUGGUGAACCAGGGAAGCAAGGUCAUAAGGGUGAGGAAGGUGCCCAGGGAGUCAUAGGUGAUGUCGGAGCUCAAGGCCCUCCAGGGAUUCAGGGUUUGAGAGGCAUAACUGGUAUAAUGGGAGCAAAAGGGAACAAAGGUGCUCGUGGCCUUGAUGGUGACCCUGGUCCACGAGGACUCCCUGGUGGAUCUGGAGACCAGGGACAGAGAGGUCUACGGGGAGAGACAGGUCCAAAGGGAGACAGGGGUCCUCAAGGUAUUAGAGGAAUAACUGGCCUCCCUGGGCCUAAAGGAGAAGCUGGCUUACCAGGGGUUGAUGGCCGGGAAGGGAUCCCUGGAAUGCCUGGAGCAAAGGGUGAACCAGGAAAACCUGGUGCUCCAGGUGAUGCAGGACUUCAAGGACUGCCAGGUUUACCUGGCUCCCCAGGUGCAAAUGGUGUUUCUGGUCCAAAGGGCAAUGCAGGUGCCCCUGGGAUACCAGGUUUGAUGGGAAAUUCUGGUAAACCUGGCGAACAAGGACCACAGGGGAUAGAGGGACCAAUAGGACCAAGGGGUCCACUUGGUAGCAGAGGUGAGCCAGGUCCUGCCGGGCCUCCAGGUCCACCAGGGAAACUGGGUCCUGAAGGGGACCUAGGACUACCGGGACUGCCAGGUCCUUCAGGCCUGCCUGGCACCAAAGGUGACAGGGGAUUGUUUGGUGAGCCAGGGCCUAAAGGUGAACAAGGUCCUGCUGGAGGAGAAGGAGAACCAGGAGAAAGGGGUGACCUGGGUGAUAUGGGAUUGCUGGGCCCAAAGGGAUCAGUUGGUAACCCUGGUGAGCCUGGCCUUCGUGGACCUGAAGGAAGUCGUGGACUGCCUGGCAUAGAAGGGCUACGAGGCUCACCUGGACCUCGCGGUUUGCAAGGUGAACAAGGUGCUCCAGGUCUGCCUGGCAGCCAGGGUCCAGCAGGUAGAGAGCCAACAGAUCAGCACAUUAAACAGGUCUGCAUGAGAGUCAUGCAAGAACAACUUGCUCAGCUAGCAGCCAGCCUUAGGAGGCCUGAAUCUGGUGCUACAGGUCUCCCAGGUCGACCUGGACCACCAGGUGCUCCCGGGCCGCCUGGUGAAAACGGCUUCCCAGGACAGAUUGGAUCCCGUGGUUUGCCAGGUCUUAAAGGUCCUCCUGGUGAGAUUGGUUUUAAAGGUCCAAAAGGUGAAGCUGGUGAAAAGGGGGAGAGAGGAUUUCCAGGCAGAGGACCCAAAGGCUUACCUGGAACAACAGGUCUUCCAGGUGAACCCGGCAAACCCAGCUAUGGAAGGGAAGGCCGUGAUGGUGAACGAGGCCCACCAGGAGUGGCUGGUCAGCCUGGAAUACCUGGUCCUCCAGGUCCUGCUGGUCCUCCGGGAUAUUGUGAGCCAGCGUCUUGCACAGUGCAAGCUGGACAGAUUGCUGGUAAGAACGUGAAAGGGCCUUGAAAGUGCAAUGCAAGUGCUGUGACAUGUUAGUAUCAGUUUACUCUCUGCACGUACAGCUGACGAUAAAAAAAAUGGAGAAGAAACCUGCCAAACGAGGAGAAACCUAGCAUCUAAGGCUUCAAUAGAACAUACUUCAACACAUUGUUUGUAUGUUCUUACAAAAAGGCAACCAAAAUUAGAAUGGUGGUGCUUACAAAACUACACAGGCAAGACCCUUUGGCUCUCUCUUCCCCCUUGGAGACAACAAGGCAGUUGUCCUAAAGCAAUUUCUUUUAAAAAAUAAAGCCCUUUCCCAGUCACUUCUUCCCCCUCUCCUUUUUCCUCCCAUCAACUAAAUAAAAAAGACAGAAUGGUUUGUUUAUGUCAGUUGUAGCUGAUAAUUUUUUUUUGAUACACUUGUAAAAUAAAUUCCAUGGAGCUGAAUUGAACUAAUCAGAUCAUCUCAGCUAUAAUCAUUUCACCAUGUGUUUGUGUUGUACAAUGUAUACUAAGCCUCUGUCUCCAAUAACUGUGAUUUAAAUUGUACAAACAUGGCUGCCAGACCCUUCCUGUAAAAACAUGCCACAUUGAAUACUUUGUAUGCUGUAAAUCUCUGUAAAUGUGUGAUCACUGGGUUAUCAUGAGUACAUCAUGUACAACAAUCUCUAUACGUAAUGCCGGUUUUCAUUUUUGUCUCCAAUUUGUGUUGAGUUCCUACUUUUAUAUGAAGCCUGCUCCAUCUCAGGUCCUUCUAUGUGAAAUCAAACUAAGAAGGCAAGAAGCCACUGUGAAGGGAAUUUUAAUAGCCAGAAAUAAAUGAGUUUGAGAUUAUUUAUUUUAAAGGUCUAAAGUGACAUCUCUGGUUGUACAAAAGGAAGAAAUAAAUAAUGUUUCUUAACCCCUUGCA